AUGAAUAAUUUUUCCAAAAGAGAAAAGUUUAUAAAUGCAGUUUUAGAUACAAAUGAGCCACCUCCAGAAAGAUUAAAGACCCCAGAUUUUACACCAAAGAAUAAAAAAUCAUCUAACUCCCCCCCUCCGUGAGUGAACAAAACCAUUAGAAAAAUCGCUAUUUUUUGCCCAAAAAACCCACCCUCCGUGAGGAACAAAAAUUUUUUUUAAUAGAAAAUUUUUUAUGGAAAAAAAUUUUGAUAUAUAAAUGAUAAUUAGUAUAAUGAAAUCUAGAGCUAAUUCUGUGUAAUUUUAAACAAAUUGCUUUUUAAAACAUAAAUUUUAUAAAUUAAAUUAAUAUUUGCUUUUCAAUUUUUGCGAAUUAGGAUUUUUUUAAAUUUCGAAAAAAAAUAUUUUUUAUAUAAAAUUUAUAUAUAAAUUUUUUUAAAAAAAAAGUAAUCCCCCCUCCGUGAGUGAACAAAAUUUUUUUGUUCACUCACGGAGGGGGGGGAGUAAGCAUAAAUCAAAAAGGUCAUGAAAUGAGAAUAUAAUUAUGAAUCAAGCUGAGAAUUGGGAAGAUUUGUUUCAUAAAGAAAACGAAAUAAGGAUGAAAGCUAAAUUAGUAUUAGGCUCAAGGCCUAUGCCUUUAUCAAUUUUCUCUCUUUUUAUUCUCUAAAUUUGGUUUAUAUAUACUACUAUAUAUUUCUGUGAUGCAUUUAGUAUAAAGGGGUAUAUAUAGAAAUUAAUACUGACAGAUACAAAACAUCGAAGCUAAGCCAUUUGAAGAAUAUAUUUAAAUUUAAACGAAAUCCAAUUGAUAUCAAAAAAAAGGCAAUAAUAGGAAGAAGAAUGCGGCUAAACUUUGCAUUUCCUGACCAAUUUCAUCUCCCUUCUUUGAAAAAGAUGGGCUCUUUUAAUGGCUUCGGCCAAUCAGAUACAUUGGAUCCAUUAGACAUGCAAAAACUUAUUAUAAACCAAAGAAGUCAAAGAAGAAGUUUAGAUUAA